AUGAUUGAGCAUUCGUCUUUCCUUUAUCGCCCGAAUCCUUGUGAAGUUAGUCGCAUCAAGGCUAACGAGAUUUUAAAGAGACGCCAAAUUAGAAUGACACAGGUUCGUCGACUAUCGAAGGUCUACUCUGCAAUUGCUAGAAACAUUUAUCGGGAAACGAAAAGGGCACAAACAGGUUAUGAAAACUUGCUUUUACAAAAGCAGCAGAUAGCAGAAGACUUUGCUCUACUUCAAACUCGGCAAAGGAUGCUCGAUGGCAUUAUGGAACACUUUGGCCAUGGUCACAGAAAUGCUAAUUCCUGGGCAAGUGAUAAACUUUACUGUUUUACCUGCAAAUCGAAGGAUCCAGUGGUCGAAGAGCGGAAGCGCCUUUCUAUCACGAGGGUUACUGCAAAGAAGCGCUUUGCUGAAGCAUACGCUGACUUGCUGGUUACUCGUGCGAGGUCAUUGCGAAAUGUAGAGAUGCGGCGACACCUCCGUGAGACCGUUCGAGUGGCUGAACGAGCGAGAGCGGCGACCAUUGCAGCCCUUCCACCGCCCUCACGCGACCCUCUUGAUGCUCACCUUAACCCAAGCGGUGUUCCCUGCUCUCGCUGCCUAAGUGAUACUCACAAGGCGUGCCACCUGUUUAUGGAUACAAAUGAGCCGCCACUGAAGUCUGGAAAUCAGGAAUUGAAGGAGACGGGAGAAGUGAAGGGAGGCGGAGUGCUGAGUGGGCCACUGAGGCUUGAGAAGAAUCAGUUCGAAUUAAAUGUGCACUGUAUAGCAUCAAGCCGUGUAGACGACCCUGUGAACCCUGAUGCAUUAGUUAUUGCUGUAGCCAAGAAUGAGUGCGCCGAUUUUGCCUGCCAACGCGCUAUUCCCCUCGAUUCUGAAUCUGGGCUUAGUUCACGCAUCCACGUGCAAUUUGCUACCGGACGAACACAUUCAAAGCAGGAGGAUGAGUUGUUGAUGCAAAAACAGAAACAUAUUUCCUUGAGCGAAGCAGAGGUCGGUCAUGGCACUCAUAUUGAAGAUUUGUCAUCAUCCUUGGGGCGACCAACACUCGUCACACCUGAUCCGAAGCCUUUGGAUUAUGUGCAGUUUCAUCCAUACUGUACCACUCUUAUGGAUCCGCACCUAGUCCUGCGAGGGCAAGACCCUGGUGAGCAAACCAAUUUGCCAUCCUCGGCGCUGUCUCCCUGUCAGGACUUUAUCGCACAGCCUCACCCUUCCACAGGCCCCACCUCUUGUGAUUUGCGAACACUGACCUUCCACAAAAAACCUCCAGUUCUUCCCUUCGCUAUCCCAACUAACCUUCUCAAAUUUCACACUUCUGAGUCGAUAGAGUUGCCCUCGACAGGAACUGAUGCACUGGAUGCAUCGAAAAUACUCGUAAUUCGUCCCCACGGAACAAAAAUUUCAGUCUCGGAAUCGUGUGGCAUAUCUGAAAUGGAUAAUGGUCGACCCUCUUCCACCGUGCUAAGUGAAAUGGUGUCUUUUGACUGCAUAAAAAUGCAACUGGAGUACGAGUCCUCUGUGUUGAAUAAUUACCUUAAUUCUAAUCUAAUGGAACGGUUAUUUGUUUAUAGCUCGGAAGUCGAAAACAUUGACAAGGCGAUAACAGAGUUGCGCAAGUCAUUUAGUAGCAGUAUCCUUUCUUCGCAGUCAACGCAGGACAAUGAAGUGAAUUCGAUUCGAAUCUGCGCGCUAUCCACUUCUCCCAACUUGGCAACAAACCAUUCGGGGUCUCCUUCAAAGGUCGUGGAAGUGCUUGAACGAUCUGAGGCGAUGGUGAAGGGGGCGAGGGAAGAUGGAACACUGCACAAUGCUGAGAGUUGUCAUUCAGAUUUCAUCAACAACGGUAUUGCUAUGAACGCGCCAUCACUUUCGGCUGCGCUAUCAGCCGAAAAGGGCGAUGAAAGGCAGUCUCCGGGUGCUGCGUCGCCAACGACCAGUUUGUCUUCCUCUCCUAUCUCUGGUUCCACGGCGGGAGCAUGCACGUCUGCGUCAGCAAAGCCAAGCACUGGGGCUAGAUCUCUUCCCGUAGUGGAGUCACUGCAACGGCGUGCAAGGGAGCUGAUAUUGCGGCAAAUGGAGUGCAUUCGUGCUGGUGAUGCAGGGAACCAUAUCCCUGCCUGUGGAACGCUUGAACUGCCAUCCCAUCGCCUCAUGGGUUUGGCUCAAGAGAAUGGUGCGAACCUCGAAAUUCCCUCGGUACCAGCUAAAACCCUAGUCCUCAACUCUCUAGGGUCUUCACAUGACUUGGAUGAUGACGCCUCACCUAUAUUAGACACUCUUCCGUUGACCUCCUGCCAAUCCUGGGCGCAGCCUAUGAUAAGUCCCGCCUCCGUUUUACUCUCAAGUCUAAGAAGGCCUUCCCCACCAAGUUCACCAUUGCCAUCGCUGCCAAGCAGCUACACCAUGCCAUCCUCCAUCGCCACGUCCAAAGCAAAAUAUAGUCUUCAAUCUAUUCCCACUCAAUUGGAGGAUAAGGUGAAUUCCCAGGUAGCCUUUAAUGCUUCAGUGCAAACUGACAGUACUCCAAAUUCUUCCAGUCGUCCUUCAAAUCAAUUUAGCUAUUUGUCAUCUCAGUCGUCUUGCCUCCCGGCUGAGGCACCUCUCGUUUCGGAAUCAGAAGCCUCACAGAAGCAUGCUUCAUGUGUGCCAAUAAAUCAGUCUACAACACCAGCUGGGAGUGCGAGUACAACUUUGCGUGCUCUCCGAAGAGGUCUUUCCAAUGGCUUUAAAAGCGGAUUUAAGGAAUCACAUUUGCGACCGUUUUGUGACGCCUCAGUUGGAACGUUAAAUCUUGAGAAAGGUGAACGGCUUACUAGUCUUCGCAGUGAAUUUGUGGCAGAUGAGGUCUUCCCCUCCCUCUGUAGUGAUCCCUCUCUUAUCCCAACUACUAAUAACACCUCUUCAUUCCUCCAACAGUCGAGUGCUUUCAUGAAUGACGCGAAAGAGCCGUCCACAAGCCCUCUGUUGAACAGUCAGAGUUUGCAGGUGAAAGCACCUUUCAAGGUUGGGAUGAUACAACAUCCCCCUUCUAAGUCACUCUCUCUUGACGUGGACACCAGUUCAACCAAGCGCGAGUCGGAACGCGUUUUAUGUAGUGUUGACACAAGCCCUAUAUCGACGCUUAUGCGUUUACAAUCAGAGUCCAUUCCACCAACGCCAGUCUCUGAUAUUAAUAAGAACUUAACUCUCCUAACCAGGUCCAAGUUGAUUAAUCCGUCGAAAUCGCUUCCAAUCGUCGCUCAAUUCGAUGAUAUGGAGGAGAUCGGAACUGACAGCACUAUGAGUGCUCAUGCCCUCAAAAAUCCGACCCUCUACUCAUUGUUAGCAUGUUGCAAUAUUGCUGGGAACUGUGUUGCACCAUCAUGCAAUGCCAACGUCUUGUCCGAGUCGACAAGAAAGAAAUGUGAGACUGAGUCAAGGAACCAAUCAACCGAAACGUCCUGUUCAGCCUGUGACUCCAUCGACAUAGGCACAUCUCCCUCUGUGUCACUCCACUCCUUCCUGGAGAACGAAGCCUGUGUGCAGUCCCCUGUGGAGCAGAAGCGGGAUGGAGGGGAGGCUUUCUACAAAGAGGAAGCGCUCACCGUUCAUACCGACUUCCUCACUGUUCCCUCGUCCUCAAGAGGCCUUGUUCAACAGACUCGUCGUUCCUCUUAUUCCCCUCUGGCCCUAGGGAGACCACUCAUCUCCAUUAAACUUGAAUCACUUUCGACGAGUAGCACUCUCAAGGAUUUGGCGAGAUCUGAUCAAAAGGAGGGGAAUGAAGCCACCACAACGUCAACUUUAGCAACACUUCCUGUUGGGAAUGUAGAGGGAGGAAAAUCUGUUUCCGAUGCUGCAUCUCCUACGAUAUUAGUUUGUUCAAAAUCGGUCAAUGCAAAGGCAUCCAACCUGAUGUCAGAUAAUAUGAAGAUAGAUAUGAUGAAUCCUGUUGCAGUAGAGGCAGAUGCUGGAGGAUCAAACAGUGCAAAAGCGCUUGUUCCAGAUUUGGUUGAUGGGAAAGUGGAUGACAAGGCUGCUAACACAGAAGAAUUUGCUUUUAAGCCAGUUAGUGUAAAUGCAGGUUCCGAAGAUUCGAUUGAGAGUAAAGGAAGUGAAAUAGCGCCUAUUUUUUGGAAACCAGCCGAUGCAAGACAGGUUGGAGAGAAGUUGACUUGUGCAGAACCGGAGGAUGUGGGAACCAGUGAUGAGGUCACAGACACUGUAGCAUCGAUAAGAGUAGAAGCAGUCGACGUAAUCGAAACUGGUGCAGAAUCUGUGGGUACAGCGAAAAGUGAAGCAGUCCUUACUGAUGUGGAAAUCGUCGGUUCAAAAUCGCCCGUUUCGAAGGCAUUUACUGUGGCUUCACUUGAUGUAAUAACUUCGCCUACUAUUGAAUUAGUAGGUGCUAAGAAAGGGAGUGUGAAGGCAGCCACGAGGGAGUUCCUCGUUUCCGCACCAUCAGCCGGUGCAACAGCAGGUUUUGUGGAUUUGCUUUCCGUUGAGACAAGUAGUGUGGAACUGAAGUCUUCAGGGUCAACUAAUGUGAAAAUGGCGGGAAUCAAAACGUUUGAUAAGGAAGUGCUUGGUGCGGCUGCAGUUAGAGCAAUGAAUGUUGCUGAAAAUGUUCCUAUCGACUUCAUCACUACCAAAUUAGAAGGUGAAUUUGGUAUAAAUUCGACCGAUUUGGAGAUACCUGGGAUACAGUCCUUCAGUGCAAAGAUGUCUGCUUCUGAAGAGACUGAUCAAAGUGAAAUUGUUCCGGAACCUACUGCUUUUGAAAUGAAUAUCACGAAAUCAAAUCCACUAGAAUCCCAUGCAGCAGUAUCAAGAGGACUGAGAGUGAGCAAUCCUAGUUUACUUGCUGCAAAUUCAGGCAGCACAAGAUUAACCGGAAUGGAAGUAACAGAUGUCGAGCGGAAUCAUGACCAUGCGAUCUUACAUCAGCCAAAAAGAGCUGCCAUUUAUGCUGCGGCUACUCCCACUGAUCUUCCCGUCUACCUAAUCGCCAACACUGCUGCUACUACAGCCAGGAUGCGGAAGGUACGGGAUGAGUUAGAGGUAUGUGCAGUCGGCUCAAUUGCCAGUUCUCGUCCGUAA